UUAGAUUAAUUACAUAAAGGUCCCUAAGGUUUAGUCAAAAUUAAAAACAUUUCAUGUGUCUUUAUUCAAUUUCUGUUAGUGGACUAAUGAAAUUUUUAAUUAGUUCAAAUAAUUAUAUUAAUUAGAGUGAUUAAGUUGAAAAAAAAAGAUUGAAGUGGAUCCUAUUUUAGAGUAAUUUACCCUAAUCCUUAACCAAAAAGUAUAUUCGAACUCAGAAGAUAAGGUGGAAGCAUUGGCAAAACAGCCAAGAAAGCGCCAUGGAAGGGAAGCUAUCCUCCGUUGCUAAGAAUUUUACUCCUUCUCCAAUACAAGAGCUCUCACAGCUUGCUCAGAGAUGCAACGCCAUUAACCUUGCUGAGGGCUUCCCUGAUUUCCCUGCUCCUCCUUGUAUCAAAGAAGCUGCUGUUUCAGCCAUUAAUAACGAUUUCAACCAGUAUAGGCAUGUGCAGGGAAUUUGCGAUCAAUUGGCUCUUAAAAUGAAAAAAACGCAUGGUUUAGACGUUAACCCUUUGACUGAUAUAGCUAUUUGCUGUGGACAAUCUGAAGCAUUUGCAGCCGCAAUUUUCUCCAUUAUAAACCAAGGAGAUGAAGUGUUGUUGUUUGAUCCUUGUUAUGAAACUUAUGAAGGAUGUAUAACCCUGGCUGGAGGAAUUCCUGUAUAUGUGGCGCUUGAACCGCCUCAAUGGACCUUGGACCCUGAAAAAUUGAUGAGGUCUUUCACUAGUAGAACAAAGGCUAUAGUAUUAAACAGUCCACACAACCCAACUGGCAAAGUUUUCUCCAGAGACGAGCUUGAAAUUAUUGCCGAAGGUUGUCGCCGAUGGGAUUGCGUGGCUAUAACAGAUGAAGUAUAUGAAUACAUAACAUAUGACAACCAAAAGCAUGAAACCAUUGCCAAACUACCAGGAAUGCAGGAGCGGACAAUUAUAACAUCAUCCUUGUCUAAAACUUUUAGUGUUACAGGAUGGAGAAUUGGAUGGGCUAUUGCUCCAGCUUCUGCUGCUUCUGCAAUCCAAAACAUUCAUAUCCGAAUUACUGAUUCAGCUCCAGCACCUUUCCAAGAAGCUGCCUUAACUGCUUUGAGAAGCCCCAUUGAAUACUUCGAAACAUUGAGAGGAGAAUACGAGUUAAAAAGAGAUUUCUGUAUGAAGUUGCUCGGCUCGGUCGGUUUUCGGAUUCAGUUUAAGCCCCAGGGUUCCUUAUUUCUGUUUGCAGAGCUUCCAAAGGAUUGCUUGCUUUCUGAUGUGGAAUAUGUGGAGGAAUUGAUACAACAAGCAGGCGUAGUGGUUGUGCCAGGACGUGGAUUUUUCCAUGGAAAUGAAAGUUGCAAAUAUCAAAAGAGAUAUAUUAGGGUUGCAUUCUGCAAAAGUGGAGCCACACUCAAUGCUGCAGCACAAAAGUUUGGUGAGCUUAUUAAUGCUAAAGCUUGUCCCAAGAUACUCUACCAGAGAAAAUGACGCUGAUAUUUCACAUUUGUUGGAUUUAAUAAUAGUGGACCACUGUAGCUGUAACCAAAAUUCAUUGAAAAAAAAGUAAACACAAUUCUAUUUAAUUAAGGAAAUAGAAUAAAAUAAAAGGAAAAGCACUUGGAAAUACGCCCCUUUUUCAUGUUGGGAUGAUAAGAUUUUUUUUUAUUUUUUUAAAUAGUUUGUUUUAGCUCCCUUAUGUUUAAAAGUUACUUCAAUUUGAUCCUUUGUUCGUAGUUUU